GGCUAAGAGACGCACGUUGUUAACGCUUGAAAUAAAAACUCGAAGAAAAUUAAAAAAUAAAUAAAAAUAAACGGUACAAAAAAACUAAUAAAAUAUAAAAAUUUAUAUAAAAAACCGCAUUUUAAGAAAAAUAAAAUUAACAAAAUAAUACAAGUUAUUGUUGGUACUUGCCUUUUGUAAAAAAAAGAGCGAGCUGUUUUGAAAGAAAGAGUUAAACGGGCCUUAAAAAAUAAGAGUUAAAAGCUAGUGAUUUUUUUCGUUUUAUUGUUGUUGCAGUGACGUUAGUAGUAAAAUAAUAAAAAAAAAAAAUAAAUUGUUUUGUUGGUUGAAUUUUUUUUGUGGUGUGAUUGAAUGCAGUGAGCAGCAGUGAAUGAAAUGCUGUUGACAUUUUGUUUGCAAUAUUGUUAUUAUUGUUGUUGCUGUUAUUAACGUCAAACGACGUUUUUGCACAAACCAUGAAAUAGUAGUGAUUUAUAAGAAAGAUACAAAACAGCAGCAGCUCAAACAAAAAAAAGGAAAGCAAAGUGUAAUGUGAGACAUAAAUUGUGGUGGCCAUAAACACAAUUCAAUUUAUAUAAAAAAGAAAAUAGAAUUGUUAAGAAAACAAAAAAACAUUGAGCGUCACAAGAGGAGUAAUGGCCAUAUGCUGGUUUUUAAAAUAGCAUUUGUUUAUAAAUUGUUUAAAAUAAAAAAGUAAACCAAAUCAAAAACCAUCAUUUGCAGCAAUAACAGAAGCUUAAACAACAACAAGAAAAACUAACACGGAGUACAGACUUAUGGAAAGGAAAUAAAACUAAAAAAAACUAAAACAGCAACAGUAACUUCAAAACAAGUACAUAGUGCAAUUGUAGUAGUACAACAAUCAGUGUAAUUUUAGGAGAACAACAACAAGUUUCUUUUAGAGAAGCACAAAAACAACUAUAAACAAUCUAAACUAAUAAUCUAAUGCAAGAAAUAAAUAUUAUAUAAAAAUUUUAAAAUUCAAAACCGUUAAAAUACAAGAUUUUGAUUUUAUUAAUGCUGCACUAGAAAGAAAGAACAAGACACACACGAAUUGGCGUAAGAAUAAAUAAAUAAAUAAUAUUAAAUAAAUAAAUAUUUAUUUAUAUAUUUUUCGAACACAUCAACGAACAUGUCGGAUAUUUACUAUUGCAGUAAGAAUAAAAAGACUAGCAGUAGUAGUGAUGGAAAAAGUUCUGCCUCCGAUAAAACACCAAAAAGUCUUGUAAGUAAUAAUAACAAUCAUACUAGCAGUAAUAAUAACAAUAACAACAACAGCAGUAAUAUGAGAGACAGCAACGUUUGUGGCAAACACGCAUCAUCGAAUGGUAAAACAAAUUGGAAGGGCAUCUCCAGUAAUUCAAGUUCUCCCCGCGAAACCAGCUCAAAUGGCAAUUCCACACAAAGCACAGCAUCAGUUCCAAAAGUAUUUCACAAUACACGUUGUACCCGACAUCACAAAGCCCACAGUCAUUCACCAAAUCGAACGAGUAACGGCAAUGGUGUGGUAGUGGCCGAUAUACCCAGCCAUCAUUUAAAUGGUGGUCACAAUCACAGUCACAUCCAUCAUUUGCCCAGUGCGGGUCAUAGGAAAAAAACCGAAUCGGUUUUAUCCACAGAUUCAGAUAUACGUUUUACGCGACGUAAAUUGGGUGAUAGUCAGAAAUGUGGCUGUGCGGUUAUAGCAGGAUUUCUAGUCGCUCUUUUGGUGGCUGGAGUAUUUGUAUAUGUGGGAUAUACUUAUUUCAAACCAGAACCUUUAUCGGAUCGUGUAUUUCGUGGUAAAUUUCAAAUAUUAAACGAUAAAUGGUCUAUGGAUUUGGCGAAUCAAAACUCUUUGAGAUUUCAACAAAAAUCGAGGGAUUAUCGUGAGCGUAUUAAUCUGCUGGUACGACGUUCGGAUCUAAAGGAAGCCUAUGAUGGCAGUGAGAUAUUGGCUUUAGAUGGAUUUGAAGACACCAGCGAUAUAUUGGUACACUUUAAUAUGAUAUUCGAUCCCUAUGCCGGUUUAGUGUCCACUGCAGAUCUAUUGGCUUUAUUUGGCGAGGAGUUUAGCAGUGCUCAUCCUAGAUAUUUUGGUAAUAUCACUGUGGAUCCUAGAAGUCUUAGCAUUAAAGAAGUAACAGGCUUAAUAGAAGAACCCAUUAUGUCUUCAUCUCCCUUGGGCGGUGAUGAUGAAACUACGGAAUAUAUCACCACCACUCCUAAGCAGCCGAGACGUUGUGAACCUUUAAAAUUAAACUACUGUCGUUCGAUAGGCUAUAACAUUACCACAUAUCCAAAUUUACUGGGUCACAAUUCUUUUGAAGAAGUUCAGGCCGAUGUCAUUUCAUUCCGUGAAUUAGUUGAUGGCGAGUGUUUCCGUGAAGCUUUCGAUUUUGUUUGUCGUUUAAUGCAACCACCCUGUGAAACACAUGCAAAUUUAGAACCUACAGCCGGAGCUAUAUGUCGAGAAUAUUGUGAACAAUUUAUGAAGGGUUGUGGUAAUCGUUUGCCUCACAGAUUCCAAAAAUAUUUUGAUUGUGAGAGGUUCCCGGAAGCCACGGGCAUACAGUCAUGUCGUCACAAGCCUCGUUGUGCUAAUGAUCUACAGAAUAACGCUCAAAGUCCUCGUUUAUGUGAUGGUUUUGCCGAUUGCCCAGAUUUGUCAGAUGAAAGAACGUGUACGUUUUGUACCAGUAAUUCCCUAUAUUGUGGUAGAGGCAGAGCUUGCAUACCUCGCAAAGCACGUUGUGAUGGUAAAGCCGAUUGUCCAGAUGGUUCAGAUGAAAAAGAUUGUCUUUCUAUAGCUCCUUUGGCAGCAGAUUUGAACAAUCCUGAACCUUUGGUUCCUUAUCUGCCUAGAUUUCAUUCUGAAGGUUUUGCUGUAUUUUCCGAAAAGGGUUCGGUAGGAAAAUUAUGUGCUGAGGGUUUGGAAGGAGAUAGUAAACUAAUAGUGAGACAAACUGUGGCAGAAUCUUUAUGUAAAUCUCUAGGUUAUGAAUCAGUGGAAAUAUUUGAAGUACAAACCGAUAACGAGAAUGUAGAUGACUAUGUUCGCGUUUUGGAUCCUCAUGCUCCGGAAAUAUCAUUUGUACGCACUCAUUGUCCCAAGCGUGAAGUGUUGUAUGUAGGUUGUGGAGAACUACAGUGUGGCGUGCAGUCAGUGCUAACGGGUAAACAACAUUUAACUUUGCCCAAAAUGUCUGCCUCGGGAGAUUGGCCUUGGCUGGCCGCCCUAUAUAGGGAAGAUGUGCAUGUUUGCGAUGGCACCUUGAUUUCUCAAGAUUGGGUUUUAACCACUGAAUCCUGUUUCCAAGGUCAACCACGUGCCACUUGGAUGGCUGUCUUUGGUUCGGUGCGUUUGGCCUCAAAAGCUCCCUGGACACAGCGUAGACGCAUAAUAGGCAUGAUAAAAAGUCCUGUAGAAGGUUCCACCGCUGCUCUUAUACGUCUAGAAACAGCAGUUGUUUACUCCGAUCAUGUGCGGCCCAUUUGCCUACCUGAUGAGUCUCAACGAAAACAGGACCAACAAAUACAAAGACGUUCUUAUGUUCCCAAGGCAGAACGUCUAGAAGGUCGUGAAACUAUUAAACGUUUAGAACACGAAACACAACAAUAUUUCGAAUCACCAAAUUUCUACCAGUCCAAUGAAGACACCAGCAAUCCCUAUAGUUCAGAGUAUGAAACAUCAGCUUAUAAAAUGCCUCAAGCUGAGGCUUUAGUUGAUGAUAUAGAAGAAUAUAAUUUAGAUUCAUAUCCUCUGCCAGAAAGUGCACCACAAAUGAAUUAUUAUGGCAUAAAUGCAGCAGGUGCUGCAGCGACUAAUCAAACAUCGGCUCCUAGUUCAGCAGCUUCAGUGAGUAGAACAGUGGCACCAGUAACAACACAACCCGAACAGACAUGGACAAAUUGUAAUACGUUGGGUUGGUCACGACAACGUGAUCAUCUGCAGCGUGUUCAAUUGAAAAUCGGCGAUAUGGCGGCGUGUGAAAAUAUUUCGAUUGCCACGGUGAAUAGUAUGUGUACGGAGGCAACGUAUCAGAAACAUGAUUGUACGCAAGAAGAAUAUGCUGGAGCUCCUGUACAGUGUCUCAUACCUGGUACUAAUCAAUGGGCCCUUGUCGGUGUCUCCUCAUGGCGAAUAGCUUGUGCUGCUUCCGGUGUCGAAAGGCCAAGAAUGUAUGAUAAGAUAUCUUCGAAUGCGGCUUGGAUACGUGAAACGGUUAAUUCAUCAUAGAGUAUCGUUUAGCGAUUGUUAAUGUAAUAUACUUAACUAUAUUUAUAUACUCGUAGGUAUUUGUAUAUAAACUAAUGUUUAAAGAUUAUUUUUGAUUACUGAUACGUAAAAUUUAAAGUAAUUUUGUUUAAUCUUAAGUUUAAGGCAUAUUUAUAUUAAUUAAUAUAAGUUAAUCUACAGUUUGGUGAUUUCAAAAUUAAUUCAAAUGAAAAUAAUUUGGAACAAAUUAUGUUAGACUUAUAGUAAUACCUUUGGAAAAGCAAGGUCUUGACUUGUAAUUAGAUAUAUCCACAGGUUAAAUCUCAACCCAAAAACAUUAAAAAAAUUCACAUUAAAAUGUAACUAAAUUUAAAUACUGAAACUAUUUAUUUUCCAAAUUAGUAACUUAAGUAUAAAACUGAUUAAAAAAAAUUAAAGGAGAUUUUAAAUAAAUUCUUCAAAUAUGUUUCAAAAGUCCAGAAUUAGAAUUCAAAGCAUUAAAUGAAUUCAGUAUUUAUCUGAAAAUAUCUAUAAAGAUGUUGAGAUUGUAGCGUGAAUACAUUCCGUCCAAAUUUUAGGUUUAUAACAAUACAAAAUUUCCCAUAUAUCUAAAUUAAACUAAAUUAAUUUUUAAUAAAAAAAGAAAAAAACUAAAUAUAACAAAAGUAUGAAUGAGUUGCAAAUAAUUUAAAUGUUAAAAUAUUUUCUUCAAUAAUCCAUCGAAUGAUCGAAUGAAUGAAAGUAUAAUGAAUGUACAAAGAAGAAUUAUCUUUUUUUGUUUUUAAUUUGUAAGUAAUUUUUCGGUUCCUUUUCUCGUUAGACUUAUAGUUUUUAAUCGGAAUUGGCAAUGCGUCAAUAUUUAUUAAAACCUGUAAAUCUUGCAAGGAAUAGGACACAGCUAUUGUAUUUAAGUUAAUCUUUUCUUUUGGCAAUAACAUUAUUGUAUUUAUUACUAGAAAUUGUUAUUUAAAGCUGACACAUAAUUAAAUUACAUUUAUUUAUUGUUUGUAUGUUUUUGAUUAAUAAUAUUUUUAAUAAAGAUACAAAGUUUUUGUUUAAA